AGCGGGCGGAGGCGGAGCGGGCGGAGGCGGGCGGUGGGCCGGCGAGGCGCGCGCCGGGCUGCAGCGUUCCGGCCUGGCCAUGGCAGCGGCGCCCCUGAAAGUGUGCAUCGUGGGCUCGGGGAACUGGGGUUCAGCAGUUGCAAAAAUAAUUGGUGACAAUGUCAAGAAACUUCAGAAGUUUGCCUCCACGGUCAAGAUGUGGGUCUUUGAAGAAACGGUUAAUGGGAGAAAACUGACAGACAUCAUAAAUAAUGACCAUGAAAAUGUAAAAUACCUCCCUGGACACAAGUUGCCAGAAAAUGUGGUAAGACUUUGGAAUGAAAAAGAGGCGGUGCAGGAUGCAGACCUGCUGGUGUUUGUCAUCCCCCACCAGUUCAUUCACAGGAUCUGCGACGAGAUCACCGGGAGAGUGCCUAAGGACGCGCUGGGCAUCACCCUCAUCAAGGGCAUUGACAAAGGUCCCGAGGGACUGAAGCUCAUUUCCGACAUCAUCCGGGAGAAGAUGGGUAUUGACAUCAGCGUGCUGAUGGGCGCCAACAUCGCCAACGAGGUGGCCGCCGGGAAGUUCUGCGAGACCACCAUUGGCAGCAAGAUAAUGGAGAAUGGCCUACUCUUCAAAGAGCUUCUGCAGACUCCAAAUUUUCGAAUUACAGUGGUUGAUGACGCAGACACCGUGGAACUUUGUGGUGCUCUGAAGAACAUCGUGGCCGUGGGCGCCGGGUUCUGCGACGGCCUCCGCUGCGGCGACAACACCAAAGCGGCCGUCAUCCGCCUGGGGCUCAUGGAGAUGAUCGCCUUCGCCAGGAUCUUCUGCAAGGGCCAGGUGUCCACCGCCACCUUCCUGGAGAGCUGCGGCGUGGCCGACCUGAUCACCACAUGCUACGGGGGCCGGAACCGCCGGGUGGCCGAGGCCUUUGCCAGGACCGGAAAGACCAUCGAAGAACUAGAGAAGGAGAUGCUGAAUGGGCAGAAGCUGCAGGGACCCCAGACUUCGGCCGAGGUGUACCGCAUCCUCAAGCAGAAGGGGCUGCUCGACAAGUUUCCGUUGUUUACUGCGGUGUACCAGAUUUGCUAUGAAGGCAGGCCCGUCCAAGAGAUGUUGUCUUGUCUCCAGAGCCAUCCAGAGCAUACAUAACGUGAAUCGUGCAGCAUGUCAGGGAAAGGCCCGCCUUUCUGAUCAGUCACUUGGAUGCAAAUGGAAACCGGGACUUGGCGACAAGACAUUUGCUUGACUGUAAUCCCAUCCUGGAUGUGUAUGGACUUUUACAGGUUCAUUUUUGAAUUGAGAGGUGAAGUCCAUUGGCUAAGAGGGUCCUGGGCAGCAACUCUACGCACAUAUGUGAACGUGUGAGUGUGUGUUCAUUUCUUGUUCUGUGGAUGUUUCUCUGAACCAAAAUUAAAGACCCUUUUUAAAAAUUCCUUUUGAAAUUUUCCCACUGUGGUAGCUUGUAAGAUUGAAACUAUUGCAGCUAAAAGUUUGGGCGCUCAUUCAUCUGUAUUUCUGUGAAGGAUUUUUUUCCCCCUCAUUCUCUUGAGGUUAAAAUUGAACCAGCAUAAUUAACACAGUAGAGUGGAGGAGUGAGUGUGUUCAAAGAUCAACAUACUGUAACUUUUAAACACUAUCUCAGAGCCAGCAUAAUUAACUACUUCGAUUGUGGGUUGAUCUUUUUUUUUUUAAGCAAUUCUAUAUUUUUAAUUAGGUGAUCCACUUAUAUAUAGUCCUCUCCCCGUGGUUUUCGGCAGUUUCAGCCUCUUUUCUCUUCAUUAGCUACCAGAGUGUGCUUUUACGCAGCCUCAGCAGUGGCAGAAGACAGACAACUCCGCCAGGAGUUUCCUGCUGUGAUUGGCACAUUCUUCUGAUUAACGGCACUUGUGUGAUGCUUUUUGUCAGGUUGUGCAGAUGCUUCCUGGAAGCCCCACAGGCACCCUGAAAGGAGGCUGCUCUACUUUUAAGAUGCAGUCGCCUGGCGAGUAGGGGCCAAUCCAGUGCCCCUCCCCCCACCAGGGUCCUGGGACGUCACUGGGCUGCUCUGACCUCCAGCUUAUUGGUUGUAGCAGAUGCCAGCACAGCCUUCCUGAGGGCAUAGGCGGGUUUUCUGCAGCAGGGCUUUGUGUGGGUCCUUGUCUAGAAGGAUGCCACUCCAAGGAUGUCUCUUGGACUCUUGGAGUCUUCUUAGAAAUGCAGGCUCCCAGGCCCCACCCCAGACCUACGAAGUGGGGAUCUCGUAUCUAAGCUUUGCCUUCCAUGUGUUUCAAUGCUCACUACAAUUUGAGAACCACUACUUUAGAAAAUUUACUUUAGAAUGGCGUUUCCCAAACCAGGUUCUGUAGGAAACCAGUAUCCUGGGAUCCAGUGGUGGUUCCGGGUGUUCCCUGACGAGGCCCAGCGCGUUUGGGAAAAGCUGCGUCUCUACACCCUUCUCGAAGGAGUAGAAUGUAUGUUAGUGUGUUAGCAGAACCUGUUUAUUUAACCCAGCAAGUCCCAGACAUCAUAAAUUACGGAGAUUUUGAGGGGCAAGGAAACUUGGCCAGAGUUUCCAAGGAACACUGUUCCUGGCUGGUGACAGCUCAGGUACACCCUUACUCUCUGCAGGAAAUUAGGGUGAAGGACUCGCUGUGAUAUUGUUCUGAACUUUCACAGUUCAGGUCUGCCAGGAAUCCCUGACAGAGCUUCAGGGCAACACUGUCAGGAACAACCAGGUAGAUGUCAGCCUCGCUGAAACGCACAUUGUAUGGACUAAGUGCUUUUAAUUUUAGAAUUAGAAUGGGGAUGACUGUAUCUUAAAUGGGAUUGGUUUCAGGAUAGCAUUACAGGUACCUUAGUAGCUAGCCCUUGGUAAGGGUUAAGGGAUCCUAUGAACAUCACUUAUAUAUUCAUAGAUUUUCAGUCACUUUCAGAUUUUUUUGACCUUUCUUAUUUUCCAGCUUGGAACUUUUUCCCUUCUACACCUGAAAUGAUUGUAGAGUAGGUUUUGUGGGAAUUUUAAAAACUCCCACACACAGAAGCGUAAGAAAGCACACGACAUGCUACAAAUUUCAUUGAUUUCAGUGCCACUGUUAAGUCAAUCAAUUUUUGCUUGUCUUGUAAUUGAUCUUUUUAAAAAUUUGUACGUAGGAAACAAAGUGUUACUUUUAAAGACACGUAAAGGGCUGUAAGCUAACUGUGGUGUCUGUCAAGUGGGCUGAUCGGAUGUGAGGAAUUAGGAUUUUGUCUUUUGUGUUUUCUCAUCCGCGUUUAGCUUCCUCUCUGGGUUUUGAAUGUAAGUGCUUUUCCUUUACAAAUGCCCUCUGCCCACUCUGAAGUCUCCUGUCGGUACCUCUUAAACAUACUUACACUCUUCUGCACGUACAGAAAAAGGUAAAUUUUAUAUAAGUUUGUGCUUUGCUAACUGUAGAUAUAUUUAUGACUCUACAAGUUCUCUAUUUUUCUAGCCACCUGUGGUCCAUCAUUUAUUUUAAUUCACAUUUCUUACUAAUUAUGGUCAUAGGGGAGGGAGACAUCUAGAAGAGAAGCUUAAUUUAUACUGUUGCAGCCAACCUGUGAAUGUAAAACUACACUGUGGCCUUGCUAAAAUCCAACCUACUAUAAUGUGGAACAAAUAUCUGUCUGGAAGUCCAUCUGAGCAUGUGGAAUUGAGCUAAACUCCUGGUUUUUCAUUUGACUCUUAGCUCUAACAUGGCUCCAUGGCACCGACCCAAGGAACAGUGAGGUGCCACUGUAUAAAGGAGUCUUUAGUUUUUCCGCGAGUUCUCAUCGGGGAGCCUUUUACCUACACAUGUACUAUAUUUGUUUACAGACUGUAGGUGGAUAUAACUUAAAAGCUUGGUUUAAUAAAACAUUUAAUCCCCCAAA